GGACCUUGCACUUGGCCUUGUUGAACUUCAUAGGUUUGUACGGGUCCAACUCUCAUGCCUGUCAAGGCUGACCCUAAUCUCCUACUUCUUAUCCCUCUGUAGAAUUUCUAAGCCUUUCAGUCCUCAUGAGCAAGCAAGGCACCUCAUCUCUGCAUGCCCUGCCAUAGCAGCUUGAAUACCACAGUGUAAAUAGAUCUCAUCAGGAGAAGGAGACGCUUCUCAGGAAUGAUAAAACAACGAGCAAAGCAAGAACUACCAGGCUGGCUGGCUACGGAUUGGAUUUCUAGUGAGCUUCUUACCACGGAGAGAAGACAGGCUGAUGUGAGGAAGGAGAUACGGCUAUGUCCAUUACGGGAAGAUGUCGUGUGCCCCAUCUCCUGGUUCUUCUCACUUUCGUGUUCAGCGGGGAAAGAAUUGAGGCACAAAGAGCAGGUUGCAAGAAUGUUCACUAUGACCUUGUCUUCAUUUUGGAUGCCUCCUCCAGUGUUGGAAAAGAAGAUUUUGAGAAAGUUCGACAGUGGGUAUCUAAUUUGGUGGAAACUUUUGAAAUUGGCCCAGACAAAACCCGUGUAGGUGUGGUGCGAUACAGUGAUCGUCCAACCACAGAGUUUGACCUGGGAAAGUACAAAACCCGUGAGGAAAUCAAAGAGGCUGCACGAAAAAUUAAGUAUUAUGGGGGUAAUACGAACACUGGAGAUGCUCUCAGGUACAUCAACACCUACAGUUUUUCCAAAGAAGCUGGUGGAAGACUUAGUGAUCGAACUGUUAAAAAAGUGGCUAUCCUUUUGACUGAUGGAAGGAGCCAGGAUUAUGUCUUGGAUCCAGCCACUGCAGCCCAUCAGGCUGGGAUUAGGAUCUUUGCUGUGGGUGUUGGCGAAGCCUUAAAAGAGGAACUCGAUGAGAUUGCUUCAGAACCCAAGUCUGCUCAUGUGUUUCAUGUCUCCGAUUACAACGCCAUUGACAAAAUUCGGGGGAAGCUGAGAAGACGUCUCUGUGAAAAUGUCCUGUGUCCUAACGUGCACGUGGAAGGAGAUCGAUUCAAACACAUCAAGGGGGGUACUGAUGAGAUUCCAGGAUUUGACCUGAUGGAUUCAUUCAGCGUGAAACAGAUUUUUGGAAUGAAAGAAAAUGGAAUUCAGAGUGCUUAUGUACGACUUGGAAGCUUCCCUGUUGUUCAGAAAACUGAGGAUGUAUUUCCACAAGGUCUCCCUGAUGAAUAUGCCUUUGUAACUACCUUCAAAUUCCGGAAGGCUUCCAGGAAAGAAGACUGGUAUAUUUGGCAGAUUAUUGACAAGUACGGCAUUCCACAGGUCUCGAUACGACUGGACGGAGAGAACAAAGCUGUAGAGUACAAUGCUGUUGGGCUUACUAAGGACGCAGUGAGAGUGGUCUUCCGAAAUGCACAAGUUGGUGAUCUUUUUGACCGCAACUGGCACAAAAUCGCCCUCAGCAUUCAGUCAAAGGCUGUCUCGCUUUACAUAGACUGCAGACUGGUGCAGAUGCUGCCUAUUGAAGACAGGGAAAAUAUUGACAUUCAAGGAAAGACUGUGAUUGGCAAACGCUUGUAUGAUAGCGUUCCCAUUGAUUUUGAUCUUCAGCGAAUGGUUAUUUACUGUGAUUCUCGGCAUGCUGAGCUGGAGACCUGCUGUGACAUUCCCUCUGGACCAUGCCAGGUCACGGUCCUGACAGAAGCACCUCCCCUGGAAGUGAAGCCCACUGUUGGCAGCGAGCAAGUGGGUCACCUCAAGACUGUCAACUGCUCCUGUCCUGCUGGACAAAAGGGAGAGAGAGGUCCAAUUGGCCCUGAAGGUCCUAAAGGUCAAAAGGGAGAAAGUGGCAGCCAAGGGCUUCCUGGACUCAGAGGAGAAAAAGGAGAAUCAGGUAGAGCCUAUGGUAGAGGAGAAAAAGGAGAAAAGGGUGAAGAAGGUCCUCCUGGCUUUCCUGGGCUGAAAGGGGAUAAAGGAGAAAAAGGGUCUCUGGGCUCACCUGGCCCUCCUGGGAAGGAUGGAGCAAAAGGAGAAGCUGGUGAACCAGGGCAGCCGGGAACAUUUGGACUGCCUGGGCCAGCAGGUCCAAAGGGAUCAGAGGGAAAACAGGGUCCUCCAGGAAUUAAAGGCUAUGUGGGCGCACCGGGUCUACAAGGAGAAAGAGGAGAAAAGGGGACACGAGGAGACAAGGGAGAGCAAGGCCUGGAUGGAUUUCCUGGAAAGCCAGGUGUGGAGGGGAAACAGGGCCCUGCUGGCAGCCCAGGCCCUCCAGGUGCCAGUGGGAUGAAAGGAGAAAAGGGUGAACCAGGACUUCCAGGAUUGCCUGGCUCUUCAGUACAUACAGAAGGCCUAAAAGGAGAACAAGGAGAGCCUGGGCCACGAGGACCACAAGGCCAACCUGGACUUCCUGGACCUCCGGGGGAAGCUGGUCUGGAAGGCAAGCCUGGAGUCCCUGGUUUACCAGGUCAAAGGGGUAAAAAGGGAGAACCAGGAUUCCCAGGAAUCAAUGGUCUGAUCGGCCCUCAGGGAUCUCCAGGGCCCCCAGGCGUUGCUGGACCCCCUGGACCACCUGGAACACCAGGACUGCCAGGAGAGAUUGGAGUUUCUGGUAAAAGUGGACCACCGGGACCAGCUGGGUUGCCUGGCAAAGAUGGGUUAAAUGGGCUUCCCGGGUUUCCUGGUCAAAAGGGAGAACAGGGGGAAAAAGGUGAGGAAGGCUUUCCUGGAAAAGCUGGCCUUAAGGGUGAACCAGGGAGCCGUGGCCAACCUGGAGAGCAGGGUGAAGCAGGUCUUCCUGGUCCCCAGGGUUUACCUGGACUGAGAGGAGAAAAAGGAGACCAAGGAGAAAGAGGAAAGGAUGGUCUCCCAGGAUUGAAAGGUGAAAGGGGAGAAAAGGGUAACACGGGUUCACCUGGACCACCAGGCUUACCUGGAACAACAGCCUUCUUUACCCCACACCCUAGGAUUCCUGGUGAACCUGGACCAAAAGGGGAGAAAGGAGACCAAGGAAUGAGUGGAGAACCUGGAUUACCGGGGGUCCCAGGUGAACAAGGUGUCCCAGGACCUGCAGGAGUACAGGGUACAAAGGGGCAGAAAGGAGCCAGAGGAGAAGCUGGAGCCCCUGGAGAGUCUGGUGUGACUGGACCAGCAGGUCCCCCAGGUCCAAGAGGCUUGCCAGGAAAUGUGGGUGUGCCUGGAGACCCUGGACUACCAGGAAAGGAGGGAGAAAAAGGGGAAAAGGGUGAUCCUGGAAAAGAAGGAAAAGUGGGUUUGCCUGGGCCAGCUGGUGAGCCAGGGCCUGCUGGAGAGCCAGGUUUGCCUGGUAAGGGUAAAGAUGGAGAACAGGGGCAUAGAGGCCCACCAGGCUUGCCAGGACCCUUUGGACAUAAGGGUGAGAGGGGAGCUCCUGGCCUCCCUGGACAGCCGGGAGACAGAGGUGUGCCAGGAAUUGGGCUGGCUGGACCCCCAGGCCCUAUGGGACCACCAGGAGACAAAGGGUCAUUGGGUCCCCGUGGUGUACCUGGUAUCCCUGGGCCACAGGGGCCUCCUGGCCAGGAUGGUCUACCUGGAAAUCCAGGGGAAAGAGGACCUCCUGGAAAACCAGGUUCCUCACCCCUGCUCUCUCCAGAGGACAUAAAUCUUUUAGUAAAGGACGUGUGCAGUGAAUGCCCUCCUGGCCCACCAGGACUGCCAGGCAUCCCAGGUUUCAAAGGUGAUAAAGGUCUCCGCGGACCACCAGGUAGAGAUGGCCAUGAUGGGAAAAUGGGGAAUGCUGGUCCCAGAGGUCCUGUAGGUCCACCUGGACUGGAUGGCCCAAAGGGUGCUAAAGGAGACCGUGGUAUGACUGGGGAUGCAGGAGAAAAAGGUGGACAGGGCCACCCUGGAAUGCCCGGCUUCUCUGGGGCUCCUGGAAACCCUGGUCCACCUGGACAGGAUGGAGCACCUGGACCAAUAGGACCAGCAGGAAACCCAGGAGACAUAGGUAAAGAUGGCCCUCCAGGUCCACAGGGCCCACCAGGGUUGCCUGGACCUCCAGGCAUUGCUGGGAAUGACGGCAAGGAUGGCAAGCCAGGAUCUCUUGGGGAACCGGGAAAGCCUGGAGAACCAGGGCUCCCAGGCCAGGAGGGUGCCAGAGGCUUACCGGGUUUCAAAGGACAGAGAGGAGAUACAGGUCCCCCAGGUCCCCGGGGGGAGCCAGGUGUGACAGGUCCUGCUGGUCGUGAGGGGCCACCAGGGAAGGAUGGUGAUACUGGUCCCAUAGGACCACAGGGCCCUCGAGGACUCAGAGGGCAGCCGGGUAAGAAUGGAUCGCCUGGAUCUGCAGGAGAACCUGGCCCAGCAGGUAACCCAGGUCCUAAAGGAAAUAAAGGAGAAAAUGGCAGCCCAGGACUCCCUGGAUUCAUAGGACCCCGAGGACCACCUGGUGAACCAGGAGAGAAAGGUCCCCCUGGAAAAGAGGGCUCACCAGGAAAAUCGGGUGAAAUUGGCCCCAAAGGAGAGAGGGGAGAGCCUGGCAUCAAAGGUGAAAAAGGCCCUCAAGGAGAAAAAGGGCCUCCAGGUGAUCCUGGGAUACCUGGUCAUAAAGGCCAUCCAGGACUGAUGGGUCCCCAUGGACCCCCAGGAGACACUGGGCAAGUUGGACCUCCGGGUCCUCCAGGACAGCCAGGAUUUCCAGGACCAAGGGGGGAGCCCCCAUCUCUAGAGACUUUGAGAAGGCUCAUCCAAGAGGAGUUAACCAAGCAACUAGAUGCAAAAUUAGCCUAUCUCCUGGCUCAGAUACAGCCUGCACAUGUAAAAGCAUCCCAUGGCAGACCAGGACCUCCCGGUCCCCCUGGGAAGGAAGGACUCCCAGGAAGAACUGGCCCUCCAGGAGAGCCUGGCCGGCCUGGCCAGACUGGGUCUGAAGGGCCACCUGGACCAAUAGGUCCUAAAGGAGAGAGAGGAGCAAAGGGUGAGAAAGGAGACACUGGCGUUGGCCAACGAGGGGAAAUAGGUCCUCCAGGAAUUCCAGGCCUCCCAGGGGAGCCUGGAUAUGCCAAAGAUGGGAUGCCAGGGCCACCCGGCCCUCAAGGAGAAGCUGGUGUGCCUGGUCUCACGGGUCCACAGGGACCUCCAGGAGUCAACGGGCAGUGUGACCUGACGCAGUGUGCUUACUAUGCAAGCCUGGCUGCCAGACCUGCCAAUGUCAAAGGGCCCUAGCAUGCAGGGAGUAUCCCCAGACUUGUUUUUAAAACUUGAAUUUAUCAUACCUGCCAAGAGCUCUCAGAUGUCUUCAACUGUGUUUCUUUUGUGGGAGGCCUUCUAAAGCCAACAAAUGCUGCCGGUCGGUCAGAUUAUUUUUAUGAAUUAUAAUAAUAAUAAUAAUUAUUAUUAUAUUUGAUGUGAUAUGUGAAUUUGUUUUUGUUUUCUCUAACAUCAGGGCAUAUUACAACAUUAAAAAUAAGUGUUUUUUUCUUUUUUUUUGAAGAGCAUACAGUAUCAAUGCAUUUUGUAGUGGUUUAUGCAAAACCAUUCAGAUGACAAAAUUUUUGCCUGUUACCUGGUUAAUUCUUUCCAAAGCUUUACCCCUCACCCUUGAAAUUGAAAUAAAAUCCUGCACUGUGCAGCCCAGGGCAUUAACUCUGAGACACAGGCUGAUUGCAGGAUUUUUGGUGCUAUCUGCCAUCCACAUAGGGGGGAGGAAGGCAAAGCCAUGCCAAAGCUGGGGAAGAGGUCUCCAGUACAUUCAGCUCACAAUGGACAGACAGUUACGAACAGCCAAAGCGUGUUUCCCAGAAAUUCCAUAUUAAAUUUAAUGUUUCUCUGCCCAUGAGUGAAUCUGUACCCUACAGGAGCUACUUUUUAUGGGACCAUGUGAGAUCUGACAGUAAGUCCUGAAGAGACUACAGAGAUGAUCUAAACCUCCUUACUGCUCCCUGUGCAAGAACUUCAGUACUCAGAGGGUUUGGUCCUACCAGAUGGAUCUUAUCUUCCUUCUGUCAGGGAGAUGCCUCUGCAAAAAGCCACAGUGCUGUCCUUCAUCAGCUCAGGGAUGCCAAAUCCCCUUUUCAUUGUCAGCGCACACACAGCUCUCUACCACUCCUUCACCCAGAAAUCAACCAGAGCAGCAUAGAAAAUCACCUGACAUUAAAAAUCUCAGGAAGUCAAGUGUGACCCAACUUCACUGUUUUGGAUAAUUCAUUAUGAUUAUAACUUGGCAUGGUUGUGUUUUAGAGGGUAUGUGAGAAGUUGCAGUCUGGUCUAGGAGAAGGUUGAAGGUCUCUGAUGAAAGGGUCAGAACAAAGAGUCUUCAGAAACCCAGAGGAAGUUUUGUUUGAGGGUGAAAGCAAAAAGUCAGACACUGUCCCUUUCCCCCUAUCGGCUAUUUGCCAAAAUUAACUUGAGACAGCAAAGAGAAAGUAAAGAGGGGAUGGAGUCUGAAAAGACCUUCACAAUAGGCCAUGUGGGAUUUUAACCCUCUCACCAAGACAAUCCUACCCACAAAGGUGUUGAUCUCAAAGGUGAUCAGGCCUCAGCUAUAUAAGCCAGCCAGCAAAGCAGCUGCAUUUUCAAAACUCUUCUGCACAAAGUAUUUUAUAUUGAGAGAUCGGGGUAAUGAACCUGACACAAGGCACUAAGUGCUGAAUGUGUUUGGAAAUCUCAUCAGGUCUUUUGUAGACAGAAAAGAGACACCCUGCCCUGCUGGCACGUUCACCAUAUGGCAUGGUGCUUCCAAGCUGGCUAAAUUGACCAUAAUCCACAGCUGUCUCUAACCACUCCAGAAUCAGACCCUACUGCUAAAGUGCAGAGAUAACCAUUUGCCAGUGUUAGAGUCUUUUUUCUUACCCAGUAGCAGAUAAAAUUUGACUCUGCUUUACUGAAAAAUGAAAUUAAGUAACAUGUUCACAUGCCAGGGUUAAAUAAAAUUUUUACUGUGUAGCUCUCAGUGGUGCUAUUUUUGCUAUUUCAUGUACAAAUAAACUCUUUGAUUUGACUUUACUGUGUUUCUUGCUAUGGAAAGACCAAUCAAGUGAAAGUAUCAUGAAGUGAAAAGCUUACCACUUUUAAGUAACUCUCAGUGGUUUAUCUGUUACUGUGCUGCAUCUUAGGUCAGCUUGCUAUAUUUCAGUAUUAAGCAAGCAUGUUGAUAACAUUGUAUUUAACAACACCAUUUUUUUCUAGCCCAGGCUGAGUGAGAUUUCAUCCCUCCAGUGGUAAGGCAGAACAGAUUUUCUAUGCAAGACAUGGAUACCUGGCAACAUGGCAUGAGACAUAGUUUUGAAUAAAUGUGAUGGCAAUGAGCAGGUUUUAUGGAGGUCAGACAUAUUAACUGGGCCAUGUUAAAGUGACAUUUAAUUACUGUCAUGACAGUGACUCCUCAACUUCUGUAGACUGUCUCUUCAUCAUGUGUGUCUGCAUGUGCCACACAUGGCAUAGACUUCAAUACCCUCCAGUGCACCAUGUGAGGAGUAGAUACAUAAUGAUGUUCUGUUAAACAAAUUUCAGGGUCUUUCACCCCUGUGAGAUCAUGGAAUCAUAGAGUAGUUUGGGUUGGAAGGGACUUUUAAAGCUUAUCUAUUACAACCCCCAAUGGGUGAGAUGGUGCAGUGGUAUCUAUUUGAAGGAAAUCUAGGGUUUUUUUUGGAUAACCCUUUUAAUUUGAAUGUCUGAUGGAGCCAUUGUCAAGAGUCUGUGUUAGAAACAUGAGUGACACACCUGUGUCUUUAAUAGCAAUUAAAAGAACCGCAUGGGUUAGGCACAGACUACAGCUCUGCAACUUCAUCCAGAAAAGGGAUGCAUACUAAUUCCCUUUGCUCUAGCGUAUUCCCUAGCAUAUGGUUGUCUGUUCAGUCUGUUCCUGGAGACACCCCAGACUGUCUCUGUGCCCUGAAUUCAGUGGGUGCUAUUUCCCCGCUUUUUCUUAAAUCUUGUUUUCUCUCCAGCCAGUUAAAUGGCAUUUACAAAGAAUAAUUUGUCACUAGUAAGAGCAGUAUGAGACAUGCUGCAGACCCAGAUCAAGACCUGUGUUUAUAGCCACCCAGUUUCUAUGUGUAUAGUCAUCAAAGGGAGGCUUCUGUAGCUGCCACCUCUUACAGAAGCAAGCCCUACAUGAAUGUCCCUAAAAAAUCACCUGCAAUAAAAGGUAAAAAAGGUGGGUGUAUUUGAAGGAUUUCUGCCCUGCAAACUCAAACACCAAAAGCUGCAACAAUUUUUGCCUCAGUCUGUUUGUGAGUAUUUGAAGUCUUUGGAAAGGUGGCCUGACAUUACUUUCCAAAUUAGGUCUGCCAUCUGGGCAGACAGUAAAGCUACAAAUACAGCCCUGGGCAUGGUCAGAAGCUGCCCUCCAGAAAAUGCAGAUGCCUCCGUGUCAACACAGGUGACAGUGUGUGCUGGAAGGUGACAAGCAGACAUGUAUUGUCUGUCCAGCAUCUUGCAAGGUGACCAUGCAGGCAGGAGGUGACAAGUAGGGCAGAGACAGUGCUGAUGGCUUGUCCCCUAACUCCUCUUGAGUAAGGGAUUGAUGUGGCUUUUGCAUCUCAAUGUUCCUGUCUCUGCAACAAAGCGGUUGGUACAUCACAUAAAGUCUGUUCACUGAGUCUGAGUUUUAAACCCAGGAAUAUGCUGAUAUUUUUCUUGUGGUUUUGUUUGGUGUUUUUUUUUUUUUUUUUUUUUUUUUUUUUGACUGGUCCUGUGGUAAGAGAGGAUAUACUGUUAAAAUUGUAUUAGAGAGACAGACAAUGCAUUACUUGCAUAUUAAAGAGGUGCUAAUGACACAUGGGUUUUAAGGCAUCACUGUGGGUUAUUUUUUGUUUUGUUUUUAAAUCAAGUGUACAAAUUAUUGCAAUUAUAG